AAGGCUUGAAAUCAUGCCUGGGCAGACGCACUAAAGUCUCACAUCGGCACCGUUUUCCGUAUUAGCCACCACAGCUGUAAUCAAAACCGCCAAACCUGUCAAAAGCUACCCCGCCACUCAUUCCAUGUGCUUAUUGUUCCUCCAGCUCUAGCCGCAUAAACGUUCUUCUCAUCAGCUUCACUCUACACCCCAAGAUAACAAUUUAUUCGCCAAUCAAAUCAAAUAGGCACAAAAAAGAGAAGGAGAGAGGUGACGCAACAAGGUUGGGCAUCCGUCAUGCCAUCCUCACGUUUCGGCUUCGGCAGCUUGCUGCUGGCCAUCGCUAUCGUCCUGGUAGCGAUGCCCGGCAAAGCUGCUGCUUUUGGUGCCGGUAACAUUCCUUCUAUUGCUCAAGUCGAAGGCCACAAUUGGCGUCAUGGCGAUAUCGAGGAUAUGCUAAAGACCAUCGCUUUCCUCCACGGCAAGAAAUGGACCACUCUCAUGGUUCAGCGCACUUACUUUGGGAACUGGCUUCGCGAUUACUCGCAAGCCAUAGACGUAGGAAGCCUGAAGGGCGUUAACGCCGCCACUAUCCGCAUUCUUGUUUGGGUCCUAUCCUUCCUCGCCAACGGAUAUGCUACCGAGGAAUUCGAGGUGACUGAGGAGCGUCUUGGCGUCUACAGACCCGAAGAGCACAUCGAUAAUCCGCUUGGAUAUGCCGAAGGUGAUGAUGCGAGGACGUUCGAUAAGCGACUCCGGGGUCCCGUUUUACCCGUUGAGACCGAGAUCGACAUGCGUACCGGUAUGAAGAACUACAUUGCCAACGAACAUGGUAACUGGGCCACCAGUGCCGGCUAUCUCAGGUUCAGCAUUGGCAGGAGCGUACAUUUCGGUAGGCUCUACUGUCAUGGGUCCCAUGGCAAAGGAAAGGAAGAUGACCUGUGCGAGGCUUUGAGAUGUCUUGGCCAAUCACUUCACUGCAUGGAGGACUUUAGCGCCCACAGCAACUAUUGUGAACUUGCUCUGCGCGAGCUCGGGUAUCAUGAGGUCUUCCCGCACUGCGGAUCGGGCUCCGAGAUCAACCUGCGCGGCAAACGAGUCUUUCCUCUCGUGACGGGUACUUUUGGUGGCGUCGACUUUUUACACUCCGUCUUAGGCGAAGCCAACGACCAUUUCACGCAAUCAGAGGUUGACGAGUUGGACAUCGCCUUGAAGAACUCCGAGCAAGGCGUGGGUGGCGCGGGUCCCUCGAGCGGCUCACGCGGGUUCGGUGGAGGAAUUGGUGGCGGCGCAAGCGAUUUCAUCUCCCUCGUCAGUCAAUUGCCGGGGAUAGGAGGCGGCAUGGCUUCCGAGGCGCGUGAUCUAAAGCGGAUGGCUGAGGAUCAGGGCAGGCAGAACGAACGCCAGGGAUCGUACUACGGCACCCGAGCCAACGCUGGUACUAACCAAAACAUCGUUCCGGGUAUGAGUGAAAGUUUCGACCCUGUCAAGGUCGCAAAGCAAAUUUACCCCAUACUAGAGUUCCGUGACAAAAUUGUGAAGGCGAUCAAUAGGGGUAUUGCUAAGAUCCCAGGCUUGGAGAGUCUCCUCGAGCAUAUCAGCGAGACCUUAACUGCCUUCGUGCUUGGUCUGUUAGCUCCGUUCGUGAGACCUAUCAUCAAUGCUGUUACGAAGGCACUGAAAGACGGCUCUUCUGGAGUAAUCAACGCAAGCGCCCAUUCGCAAUUGGAGCCAUGGAAGAAUCCUCAGUGCACUGAUCCAACUCACUCCAUGCUUUCUAAAGAUCAUUUUACCAACAUCCUAAAUCCUUGCGCCGGCCGAGUUGCUACGACAAUUCUUAAAUAUGUCGUGCCAAGAGUUCUUUACGCAUGGGAUAACCCUGGUGUCCCUGUCGACGAAGUGGUGAAUGACGUCUUGCGUGCAUUCCAUCACCCAGCCCUGCGAGAUGAGCACGUGGAGAUUCAGCGCGAGAUGUUUAGCACUGUGCGCAAAUGGGCUGAUGAGUAUCCUCGACGUCAUGAGAUCAAUCACGUUUUAGGAUCAGAUUCGGUGCGACACGGUAAAAACCAUAUUUUGACGGGGCAGAAAGGGCACUCCCACGGAGGCGGUAUCUUCGACGGCGGCCUUACGGAGCAGUUAGGUCACGGCAAACCUUCUACCUCUCUAUGGUCUCAGUGUGCCACUCGAGACCUUAGCGCGAUGGGAGCUGGGGAGAGGCUCCGUCCAGAAUCAGGCUUCGGAUCGACUCGCCCGACUUCGUCUCAAUCUUAUCACUCCCAGGGACAUUCGGCACCAAGUCCUAAUUAUGGCUACACGCCGCAUCAAGCCCCGCCUCAAGGUGGUGACGGGGUUUCACCGUAUCCCGGUUACGGUGGACCGCCGCCUUCGCAGUAUCAAUCAUACGGCCAACAAGGGUAUCAACAUCAAGGCUACGGAGCCCCUCCCCAAGGCGAGGCCUCAUCGUAUUAUGCGUCAUCACAGCCGCCGCAAGGCUAUCCGAGCCAGGGGUACGGAGCGCCGCCUCCUCACCAAGGAGGAUAUCCGCCUUACGGGAACCAGCAAUGGGGAGGUGGGUACGGAAAUCCGCCGUACCCUUGAGAGAUUAAUAUCAGUCGCAUAGGGGGUUGUGCUUAACUACAAACGGCGUUGGUACGUGAGAAAUGAUUUGUACUGUAGAGGCUAAGGCGAAGGAGAUUCCCAUAACAAUAAAUCCUUUUCGAGGCGAUAUCAUGAAUUGUUAAAAUUGCUUACCUA